UUCCAGGUGAACUGAUCCCUGUUGCUUGAAGAUUAGUUGUCAUCCCCAGAGAACUCCAGCCACCAUCUGGACAUUGGCAACCCCAGGACCACUCCUUAGAGGCAAGAACGAGCAUUGGCAGGAAUAAUAAAGAACCUCCUUUGCCGUCACCCCGAUUUCUCCAGAGUGGAAAGAAUUCAAUAUGAACACAACACUUUUGCAGGGUGAAGGAAGGAGCAGGUUCUUUUUGCUUUCUGGGGAGAAUCAAUCCAAGGGUUAAAGGGAAAGAAUCACAAUUCCUAGAGAGGCAUCAAGAAAGAGCACCACGGGCCUUGCCACAUACACUUCCGGUUGUGUGUCCCCCCCCCUUCCGGUUUCCUUCUGGAGAGGUGUGAGUUGCCAGAGAGACUGUGUGCAAGAGAGGCAGCGCGACGUCGGAGCACUUUUACAGGGUUUGUUUUCUAAGCAGAUAGAUAAGGAAUGAAAUAAUGUUACUUUCCCAAAAAAUGCCUCCCAUCCAGGACGGCUAAAUGAAUUCUUGGCUUUGUAGGAUGUUGCAACUCCGGCUUUUGACUUUAUAGAAGAAUCUGGCAGAGGAGGAAGGUGAUCAGAUGGUCCAAGUGAUGCUGUUUGGAGAGAAGGAGAGAGGGCGGGAACAGCUGGACCCAGUUGAGCCAGAAGCAAGGAAAAACCCUCAAGCCAUGGAGACUGGGAGUGGAAGGGAGCUGUGGGGAGGAACAGUGCAAAAGUGCCCGGGAUACAACGUCCUCCCGCCAGAUGUGCAGCGCCAGCAGUUUAGGCACUUCUGCUAUGAGGAUGCUCAGGGGCCCCGAGAGGUCUGCAGCCGACUCCACUAUCUUUGCAGUCAAUGGCUGAAGCCAGGAAGGUGCAGCAAGAAGGAGAUGCUGGACCUGGUGAUCCUGGAGCAAUUCUUGGCUGUCCUGCCCCUAGAGAUGCAGAGCUGGGUCAGGGAAUGUGAGCCGGAGAGCAGUUCCCAGGCGGUGGCCCUGGCUGAGGGCUUCCUCUUGAGCCAGGCAGAGGACAAGAACCAGGACCAGCAGGAGAGAUGGGGCACAGGAUACAAUCAAAUACAUCGAAAGCCAAAUGGAUCGCCACUACCCAACCUCUUUCCUAUUCCUUUUCUCAUCAGUCUUCCCUUUAUGGAGCCCCCUUUUCUAUUUCAAGUACAGGAAUCCAUCGCGCAGGAGUGUUACCCUGGAGAGGAGUUUUCAGAUGGUACCAUGAGGCCGAUGAUAUAUUCUUUGCCACCUCUCUGUGACAAUUCAGCUUCUUUCAAGGCCGAUCAGGGUCUGGUGACCUUUGAGGAGGUAUCUGUUCAUUUCACUGAGGAGGAGUGGACUCUGCUGGAUCCAGACCAAAGAAGCCUUCACAAAGAAGUCAUGGAGGAGAACUGUCAGAAUGUGGUCUCUAUGGAAGGACUUCUGGUUCCCAAACCUGAUUCCAUGUCCUUGGAAGAUGCAGGAGAUCCACUUGUGCAAAACACAGAAGAAAGAGAGAGAUCAGCAGAAGGACAUCUGGUUUACAAACUUGAUUCCAUAUCCAUAUUGGAAGACAUAGGAAAUCCACUAGUCCAAAAUGCAGAAGAAAGAGAGAGAUCAGCAGAGGCUGAUAGUCCCUGGAAUAUGUCCAAGGGAGAACCACAGCCAUUCUCACUGAAAGAAAAACAGCCAAAAAGAAAUUUUGGAAUGCAAGAGAAUGGAAACGAAUUCUCUUCUUAUCAGGAUGCUGAAUCCCAGGUAUUUGAUACACACUGGAGAAUCCAGAGUGGGGAUAAACCGUAUAAAUGCUCAGAGUGUGGAAAGAGCUUUGCUUGGAAGGGAGACCUUACUGGCCAUCAACGAAUCCACACAGGGGAGAAACCAUAUAUUUGCUUGGACUGUGGAUGGAGGUUUGUUCGCAAUGCCCAUCUUACUGCCCAUCGACGAAUGCACACUGGGGAGAGACCUUACAAAUGCUUGGAGUGUGGGAAGAGUUUUGCUCGGAGUGACAACCUUGCUGCCCACCAACGAAUCCACACUGGGGAGAAACCGUAUAAGUGCUUGGAGUGUGGAAGGAGCUUUGCCUGGAAGCAAGACCUUACUGGCCAUCAGCGAAUCCACACAGGGGAGAAACCAUAUAAAUGCCUGGAGUGUGGAAAGAGCUUUGCCCACAAUCGCACCUUUACUGCUCAUCGGCGAACUCACACUGGGGAGAAACCAUAUAAAUGCUUACAGUGUGGGGAGGGUUUUGCGCAUAGUGGGAAACUUGCUGCUCACCGACGAAACCACACUGGAGAGAAGCCAUAUCAGUGCUUAGAGUGUGGAAAGAGCUUUGCUCGAAGUGACACACUUACAGCUCAUCAAAAAGUCCACACAGCGGUAAAUGCGUAUAAAUGCUUGGAGUGUGGAAAAAGUUUUUCUCAGCAUGCCAGUCUUACUGCCCAUCGAUGUACGCACAUAUUGGAGAAACCAUAUAAAUGCUUUCAGUGUGGAAAUACUUUUGUUGAAAAGGAAUAUCUUGUGAAACACCAAAGAAUCCACACAGGAGACACAAUAUAAAUGCAUGUGUUGUGGAAAGAGUUUGCUUAAAGUCACACCCUUAAUUUUCUUUGUCAAAUCCACACUGGAGGAAUCUUAUAUAUGCUUGAUGUGUGCAAAGACCUUUGUUGGAAGGGAGAAUUUACUGUCCAUUAAUGAAUUUACUCAAGGGAGAAACCAUCUAAUGAAAGAGCUUUUCUUGGAGCGACACACUUACUGCUCAUGGACAGAUCCAUACAGGGGAGAAACCAUAGAAAUGCCUUCAGUGUGGCUAGAGUUUCAUCUACAUGAAGUCUGCAGAGAACCUUGUUUCUCAUCAAAGGAAAGGGAGCCAUACAAAUGUUCACUCUGAGCCUGGAGUUUUUGUGGAAAAGCGGGCCAGGAUUAAAUAGCUGUCGGAUUAGUUCUGGGUUAGAAUCACAGAGCUGGAAGGGACCAUGCAGGCCAUCUAGUCUAAUCCCCUGCUCAAUGCAGGAUCAGCCUAGAGCAUCCCAGAAAAGUGUUUGUCCAGCUGCUGCUUGGAGACUGCCAGUGAAGGGGAGCUCACCACCUCCCUAGCCAGCUGAUUCUACUGUUGUACAAUUCUUACUGUAAAAAAAAAUCCCCUUAUAUUUAGUCGGAACAUUUCUUCCUAUAGUUUGUACCCGUUAUUGCAAGUCCUGUCCCCCUGCUGACAGCAGGAACAUCUCCCUGCCCUCUCCUGUGACGGACAUUUUCAAUUCUGAGAUAAAACCAUUGGAAUUCAGUGGGUUAUAAAAAAUGGGGGACUUGUUGAACCUCUUUUCCACACGAAAUGUAUGGGAUUCCACAUAUUUUCAGUGUAAUCUGAAAGGGGUAAAUCUUUCACUUCUACUGUUCAGCCUGCCUUUGACCAUGUGAUUCUCUCCUAGCAUUUCCCCCCCACUUCCUUGACACUCUCAGCAGCCCUUAUUUAAUAUUAAUACAGCCAGGAGUUUAGCUGACUUCAAAGGGUGAUUAGGUGAAUACAUGAAAGAUUGUGGCUAAUAGCCUUUGAUGGGCCUACUGGAACCCUCAUGUUCAGAUGUAGUUUUGCCUACAGUUGUCAGGAAAGGAUGAUCUCUGAGGCUGUUGGUUCACCCAGUAUUUUUUCAGUGCUUUCCUCUGAGGGCAGAUCUAAAGUUGCCAGCUGACUUUUGGGAAAUUUCUGGAGAUUUGGGGAUGAAGCUAAUGGAGUCAGGACUGGGGAAGGGAAACCUCAGUCGAGUUUAAGACAGUCCAUUCUCCACAGAGGGUUUUUCUCCAAGUGAAUGGAUCAAGAAACCCCAUAGCUCAAUGUCUAUAAAUCAUAACGAACCAUAUAUUUCAUUCUUUCAGACACAAUGUAUUGCCUGUAAAUGUGUUUUCAGAUACCACUACAAAGGUGUACUGCAAAGACCAGCAUGACCUAAUUCCAGUCUCCCUCCACCCCCCAAUACCUCUAUGUGAUCUUUCUAAUUUUUUUUCCAUUGGUGGUCCCAGCUGUAGUCCCAGAUUCCAGUUCCCUCAUUUGUUAGGAAGUUCUUUACUGCCCUUUACUGCAGAAGAUGAUGAAGAAGAAGAGUUUGGAUUUAUAUCCCCCCUUUCUCUCCUGUAGAAGACUCAAAGGGGCUUACAAUCUCCUUUCCCUUCCCCCCUCACAACAAACACCCUGCGAGGUAGG